AUGUCCAGCUCGCCGGCAAUGCUCCCAGAGGAGCUCCUCGUGGAGAUCAUGGCACGGGUGCCCUACCGGUCCCUCUGCCGCUUCCGGUGCGUGUCGCCGUCGUGGCGCGCCCUCUGCUCCGACCCCAGCCUCCUCAAGCGGUCGCCGCAGACCCUCUCCGGGUUCUUCUGCUACUCCCUCCCAGAUCCGUGGAUAUACUACCGCGACACACGUUUCCUCAAUUUUCCCGGCGGCAGUUCAGGCUGCCGGCCUCUGAUCGACCCGUCCUUCCCUUUUCUGCACGCCGGCGGCUACACCGAUGGCUUCGUGGUCGCGGAUUGCUGCGGAGGCCUCCUCCUCGUAUGCGAGUGGUCCAAGUUACGCCAACCGCGGUAUCCGCUGGACAGAGAUUAUCUCGUGUGCAACCCUGCUACCGAGAAGUGGACCGUCUUGCCUCGCAUCGAGGAGCUGGACCCGGAGAACGUCAUCCGUCUGUGCUUCGACCCGGCCCAACCCCACUGUUUUCGGGUGUUUGUGUUCGUGCAGGAUCAUGAAAAUGAUUGCAGGCUCACUGGAGUGAAGAUCUACUCGUCCGAGACCAGAAUGUGGACUUCAGAGCAGAUUGGGUGGGGUAAAAGAACUAGUGUGAUUGAUUGUGACGAUACGGCUUCUGUUUUUCUGAACGGCACUCUGCAUCUGAUCGAUUACGAUUCUCGUAUUGUUACCGUGGACAUGGAUGUUUGGGUUCUUGAGGAUUUUGCUCGUGGACGUUGGACUCUGAAGCAUACUGCAAACGAGCCCUGCUCCGGUGCAACCCCCUAA